UUGCGUUAGCAUUGAGCUUUGUGCGCAAUCAUUUAAUAGGCAACUACAGCUGAGCGCCGGCAAACAAAACUUCAAUUAAUUUAUUAAAAACUUAAAAAUGUCGUGCGUCGAAGCAGUAAGUGAACUAGAGACGCGCCUGGGCGAGGCCACACUGGAGGAUGUGGCUGGUCGCCAUCGUCGUGAGCGCAAAGAGCUGCAAGCCAAAUUGCAGGCAAUGAAGAAGAAUGCGCCGAAGAAUAACAAAAAUAAACGCAAGGAGUUCCUGGAGGAGAUGGCGCGUCUAGAGGGUGAACUGGAACAGCGCCAGAAGGCUGAACUCGAGGUAGUCACCACCGAGGCACCGGCCGUCAUCGAGCAACCAGCCAAAAAAGCGCCAGCUGCGGACAGCGACAACGACGAAGAGGACGAUGCAGUGCAGCCGGCGCAGCAGCGUGUAUCCAAGGCCCAAAAGCGUCGCAACAAAAAGGAAAAGGAGGCACGUGAACGCGAGCAGGAAAUACGCGUAGAACUGCAAAAUGCGGCCAAUCAGCCAUCGCCAAAGCAAAUCGAGCUGCAACAGAUCAUAGCCAAGUUGAGCGGUCGCCAGCUGGCGCUGCACAUGAUCGCCUCGGACGGUGACUGUCUGUACAAUGCGGUGCGCCACCAGCUGCAGCUGCACGCGUUGCCCGGCCACACUGUUCAGGAGCUGCGCACCGAGACAGGGAACUAUGUGCGCGCGCACAAGGAAAAUCUCAUCUGCUACAUGACCCAUCCGGACACGGGCGAGCUGCUUAAUGACGAGCAAUUCGAAGCCUACUGCCGGGACAUAGCCAAGACGCACGCCUGGGGCGGGCACAUUGAGCUGAAGGCGCUCUCCUCGCUGCUACGUGUGCCCAUCGAGGUUAUCCAAGCGGAGGGCGCUGCCACGCUGCUGGGCCAAGAGGAGUUCGGCGGUGCGCCACUAGUCAUCUGUUACCAUCGCCAUAUUUAUCAAUUGGGCGCACAUUACAACUCCACGGUGCCGCUGGAGCAAUAAGGCAGCCAACUUAAAAUGAUAUCUGAUUUGUAACAAUUUAAUUGAAUUAAUAUAUUGAUUUACAUAUAUAACUAUAUAUACAAAUAUGCAUUUGGAAGAUUUGAAUUAUUGUCAAAAUUUGCAAAUAGUUCGAUACGCUUUGUACAAAUGUUAUUCAUUAAAUAACAACAAUUAGAUUAGUUUGGGCAUACUUUACAAAAUCGUAAGUAUCUUAAAUACAUGUAAAAUCUGUUCAUUUAAAGUACUUUCGAAGGGGCAUUUGUGAUCAGAUUGGAAACAAUACAAAAUGCGAUUAGAAAGCCGCAUUUGAGUAUCUUGCAAUGUAUUUAAAUUGUUUAUGAAUUGUCUUUUGUUAUUCUGUAAAGUAGAAGCUUAGUUAAUUAAAUCCAUGGAACCCGG